GGCGGUAACAUGUUCUGUUUCUCUAUCGACGAUUCUGGAUCACAUUAGCAAUUGAGUGGCAUUGCUUGGACGAAAGCAUCAACUAUCGCGAAGAUGUCGUCACCAACCUCUCGCCGCUCCACGCGCAGCACGCCUCGUCGCAGCAGUCAAAGAAAUGCACAAAAUCCUCCCAGUGACAAUGAUCAGCUCCCAUCUUCCCCAGGAGAUCGCACACCGCGCGCAAGUGAACAGCAACAACAAUCAUCGCAGUCCCAGUCGCAACAGCCGCCAACAUCUUCACCUCUUUUCUUCAACUCUUCGCCGGCGGGAAGCCAAAGUCAGAGCCAAAGUCAAUCCCUGAGUGCCCCGAACGGCAACGGUGUGAAUAUCAGCUCGCCACUGCGGCAACGAACGAAUGCGCCCAUCAGCAGCGAUGGUGCACGCACUCCACGAGCGGGUUUCGGAGUGGCAGAUUCGUCUCCGAUCCAUUUUGCUACCAGCUCCGACGCUGCUGUUCCUGGCCCUCGCGGUGGACUUUCCAGCUCCACUGGACUAUUCGUACGAUCCGGCGCCACACCUGCCGCGCGCAAUCAGCGCCACGAUAUCAAUUCAGAUGCCCUCGCGUCAGGUGGCCGGAGAAGACGAGUCUUUGUCGACGAGAAUGGAAUUCCGGUAGCAGGCGACCUCUCCGAUGCCGCGACGUUCUCAAACUUGGACCCGAAUACUUCUGAUGCCGAUGCGCUGGGAGGAUCAUCAACGAGGGUGAUCUGGGGUACAGACGUCUCAAUUACGGACUCCUUCGCGGCGAUGAAGGAUUUCCUCCACAACUAUCAGCGUAAAUAUCGUAUGAUCAUGGACGGAGAGCUUUCAGACUCACAAGAACUGCCCAGAGGACACCCGGGUCUGCAGAAGGAUUAUUUGACCAUGCUGGAAGCCAUGCUGGAGCUCGGUACUACAUCCCUUUACUUGGACUGCCGCAAUUUAAAAGCAUAUCCUGGGACAAGAAAGCUUUGGCAUCAAUUGCAAUCAUUUCCAAGCGAAAUUAUUCCUGUCAUCGAUACUGUGGUUAAAGAUGCGAUGAUUGAGUUGGCUGAGGCGAAGACGAGUCAACAACGGACGAGUCAAGCGCAGCAGACCAGGAACGGCGUACAAGAACGCUCCGAUCGCUCUAGUCCAAUGCCGAUGAUGCCUAGCUCUGACAUUGAUGGAAACACCAAUGGCGGCCCAUCUGCAACGCCUCAAGCAGCAGACGAUAUUCCCGAUCUUGUGUCAGAGGUGGCCGAAUGUAUCUAUCGUUGCCGGCCUUUCGGACUCGACAAAACCGUCAAUCUUCGUGAUCUAAAUCCGGGAGACAUGGACAAGCUUGUCUCAAUCAAAGGUCUCGUCAUCCGAUCCACCCCAAUUAUUCCCGACAUGAAAGACGCAUUUUUCCGAUGCUCGGUCUGCCACCACACAGUCAAGGUUGACAUAGACCGCGGCAAGAUUGCCGAGCCGACACGCUGUCCGCGUGAAGUCUGCAGCACUUCCAACAGCAUGCAAAUUGUCCACAAUCGCUCAGGAUUCGCAGACAAGCAAGUAAUCAAGCUCCAGGAGACUCCCGAUUCUGUGCCUGAUGGGCAAACACCCCACUCCGUGAGCAUAUGCGCCUACGACGAGCUUGUUGACGUUUGCAAGGCUGGUGACCGAGUCGAGAUCACGGGCAUUUUCAAGUGCAACCAGGUACGCGUCAACCCGCGACAGCGAAGUGUCAAAAAUGUAUUCAAGACAUUCGUGGAUUGCCUGCAUAUCCAGAAGGCUGAUAAGCGCCGCAUGGGCAUCGAUCCAUCGACAAUUGAAGAAGAGCUAUCUGCGCAAGCUGGCGGAUCUGCCGAAGAAACCCGAAAAGUUUCCGCAGAGGAAGAGGCAAAGAUUAGAUCAACUGCCGCUCGCCCGGAUGUUUACGAACUGCUCGCUCGGUCGCUUGCUCCUUCGGUGUACGAGAUGGACGAUGUGAAGAAAGGCAUUCUGCUACAGCUCUUUGGUGGCACGAACAAGAGCUUCGAAAAGGGUGGGUCCCCACGAUAUCGCGGCGAUAUCAACGUGCUUCUCUGUGGUGAUCCUUCGACCGCCAAGUCCAAAAUGCUCGAAUACAUCCACAAGAUUGCUCCUCGUGGUGUCUACACGUCCGGCAAGGGCUCGUCCGCAGUCGGUCUCACUGCUUAUGUGACUCGAGACCCAGAGACUAGGAGUUUAGUGCUGGAAUCUGGUGCUCUAGUGCUCAGUGACGGUGGUGUAUGCUGCAUCGACGAAUUUGAUAAGAUGUCUGAGUCUACCCGCUCUGUCUUGCACGAAGUAAUGGAGCAGCAGACGAUAUCCAUCGCGAAGGCCGGAAUCAUCACCACGUUGAAUGCACGUACGAGCAUUCUGGCGUCAGCGAAUCCGAUCGGCAGCAAGUACAACAUCAACUUACCGGUCCCCCAAAAUAUCGAUCUGCCCCCGACCCUGCUCUCAAGAUUUGACCUUGUCUACUUGGUGCUUGACCGGAUUGAAGAGUCAGCAGACCGAAGGCUGGCAAGGCAUUUGGUUGGCAUGUAUCUGGAGGAUAGGCCACAGAAUGCAAGCCGCGACGAGAUCUUGCCUGUUGACUUCCUUACUUCCUACAUCUCCUACGCUCGAGCGAACAUCCAGCCUACGAUUUCCCAAGCCGCGUCUGAAGAGCUCGUGGAAGCCUACGUUGCCAUGCGUAAACUCGGAGAGGACAUCCGUGCAUCAGAGCGCCGCAUCACUGCGACCACUCGUCAACUCGAGAGCAUGAUCCGCCUUUCCGAGGCUCACGCAAAGAUGCGACUCGCCACCGAGGUGACCGCCGACGAUGUUCGCGAAGCUGUACGCUUGAUUCAAUCCGCACUCAAGCAAGCUGCUACGGAUGCCCGCACCGGUCUCAUUGACAUGGGCUUGCUCACUGAAGGCACAUCUGCUAGCGAGAGAAAACGCAAGGAGGAUUUGAAGAACGGUGUUCUGGGUGUGCUCGAUAGCAUGCUGCGUGCUGGAAGCGCAGCUACUGCUAGGCAUGCUGACGUCUUGCGGACGCUCACUGAGCAGAGCUCGGUGCCCAUUGAGGCUUCAGAUUUCGCAGAGGCUUUGCGCAGUCUAGAGGCUGAGGGUAAGGUGCAGGCAUUGGGAGAAGGAGCUCGUAGGUCGAUACGAAGAGUCACGGGCAUGGCAUGA